UUGACACCGUCAGUACGACUGUAUCUUUCGAGUGAGCGCCUCGCACUAAACGAACAUGUUUACGAAAUAUAUUUUACUUUUCUGUGCCUUAGUAACUCUAGCACAGUCGAAAUCGGUCUCCGUGGGCUUGACAAAUGAAUCGACAGGCCUCGUGAGACUGGUAGGAUCGAAAAAUGUCCAAAGAAACUCCAUCCCCUUCUUCAAAAGAACAGAUGAGGAGAUAUUUGAACUUGAAGGCAACAACAUCAUCAAAGGCAUCGCUAUAAAGGAUUUGGACGAAGGAAUGGCUGAGCCGUCCAUUACUUUGGGAGGGCUGGGGUUUAACAAUGUACAUAUCAAGCUGAAGAGUGAAAGGGGGUCGGGAUAUAAUUUUCAGAUUGAAAUAUACGCGUGAGGUUUUGUAUUGAAAUGUGUGUUGGUGUAUUAUUGUGUUUGUUCAAUAAAUGUGCUAAGUUUGUUUGUGUA